AGCGCGUCCCCACAGGGCGGUGGGCGGGGUGGUGCCGCCCGGCCGGGGCGCGCAGGCGGUGCGGGGCGGGCGCGCCGCGGCCGCUCCCGGCGCUGACCGAGCGGGGCGGGAGCCUGAGGAGAGUGCGGCGCAUCCCGCCCCGCCGGGGCCCCGAUGGAGGCGGCUGCGUCCUGCCCGCAGCCCGCCGGGACCAUCCGGCCCAUCGACCGCGGAUCUGUCCAUCGCAUCUGCUCGGGGCAGGUUGUACUGAACCUCGGCACUGCUGUGAAAGAGCUGGUGGAAAACAGCCUGGAUGCCGGAGCUACCAACAUCGAUAUAAAACUUAAAGAUCAUGGAGCAGAGCUGAUAGAAGUUUCAGAUAAUGGAGGUGGAGUAGAAGAGGAAAACUUUGAAGGCUUGACUCUGAAGCAUUACACAUCAAAGAUACAAGAUUUUUCAGAUCUAAUACAUGUUGAAACAUUUGGGUUUCGAGGUGAAGCUUUGAGUUCACUGUGUGCAUUAAGUGAUGUUACCAUUUUCACCUGUCAUAAGUCAGCAAAGGUUGGGACUCGUUUGGUGUUUGAUCACAAUGGCAAAAUUACUCAGAAGACUCAUUUCCCACGACAGCAAGGAACAACUGUCAGCAUCCAGCAGUUGUUUUAUACGUUACCAGUGCGGCAUAAAGAGUUCCAGAGAAACAUCAAAAAGGAAUAUGCAAAAAUGGUCCAGCUGUUACAGGCCUACUGUAUUGUUUCCAAAGGAGUGCGGAUUAACUGCACUAAUCAAGUUGGCCAAGGGAAAAAAAGCUGUGUGAUAUCCACUGCUGGAAGUCCCAGUUUAAAGGAGAACAUUGGAGCAGUAUUUGGACAAAAACAGUUGCAGAGCCUUAUUCCUUUUGUUCAGCUUCCUCCUAGUGAAGCUGUUUGUGAAGAAUAUCGACUCAACCCUGAUGAGAUGCCACAAAAUCUUUAUAGUAUUACUGGCUUCAUUUCUCGUUGUGAUCACGGUGUUGGUAGGAGUACAACAGACAGACAGUUCUUCUUUAUCAAUCAACGUCCCUGCGAUCCAGCAAAGGUUGUGAAGAUUGUGAAUGAAGUUUAUCACUUACACAAUAAACACCAGUAUCCAUUUGUUGUCCUUAACAUUGGGGUAGAUUCUGAGUGUGUUGACAUCAAUGUAACUCCUGACAAAAGGCAAAUUUUACUUCAGGAGGAAAAAUUUUUAUUAGCAAUUCUAAAGACUUCUCUGAUGGAGAUGUUUGGUAGUGAUGUUAACAAACUGAAUGUCAAUCAGAAACUUCUGGACGUUGCAGGUAACUUGAAGAAGACACUUCCUGAAGAGACAGAAAAGCCUCAGGCAGAAGUGCUGUCUGACUCUGAGACUGAAAAUCCAAGUGGUGAAGGCAAAAGAAUAAUGACUCUUGCCAGAUUAAGGGAGUCAUUCUCUCUCCAUCAAGCUACAGAAAGUAAUUUUCAAAGCUCUAAAAAGGUGAAACAGCAGCACAGUUUCCCUAGACAAAGGUUACUCGAUACCACUGGGAGUACUGUAAAGAUUCAAAAGGCUAUCUUGACUAAGGAGGCUGAGAGUUGUCGUAAGUUGGACUCAAAGGUGUCAGUUCCAAGGAGACACUUGAGAAAAUUAGAAGAUACUGCAGAUUCUGGAUUCUGUAGCAUUUCUGAGUCAGAUGCUGGAUGUAGUACACCAGAAGCUGGAAGCUUCAUCAAUAGUGAAAGUGCAAUUAAUUCUGAAGAAGAAUUCUGUAGCACAGAAGAACAGAUGCAGAAGGAAUGUCUUAAAACUGCUGGAUGUAGUAAGAAGUCAUUGGACUGUGAUGUUCAGGUCUUGGGCACUGAACCCAAGCUAGAUCAAGUGAAUGACAGGACUGAUCAAAACAAGUUCUCUCAAGAAGCCAAUAGUUGUUCCCCAAGAGUAAAACGUUUUAAAAGCAGAAACUUUAAAAGUAAAGCAGAUGAUUCCAAGGCAGGUAAAUAUCCUGAAGUGAAGAACACUAGUGUUGAUGUACUGGUGGAAGUCAAAAAGAAAAUUGUGCCUCUUGAAUUCUCUAUGAAGGUUUUGGCAGAAAAGGUAAAAAAAGUAAUAAAGCAACAACAGAAAAACACAGAAACUGAAAAUUACAGAAGAUUUAAAGCAAAAAUUAGUCCUGGGGACAAUAAAGUAGCAGAAGAUGAAUUAAGAAAAGAGAUAAGUAAAGAAAUGUUUGCAAAGAUGGAAAUCAUUGGCCAGUUCAAUUUAGGAUUUAUAAUAGCAAAGUUGAAUUCUGAUCUUUUCAUAAUUGACCAACAUGCUACUGAUGAGAAAUACAACUUUGAGAUGUUGCAACAACACACUGUUCUCCAAGGUCAGAAGCUGAUAGUGCCUCAAAAUCUCAAUCUAACAGCAGUAAAUGAAACUGUAUUGAUUGAAAACCUAGAAAUAUUCAGAAAAAAUGGCUUUGAUUUUAUCAUAAAUGAAAAUGCUCCUGUAACUCAAAGAGUUAAAUUGAUAUCGUUGCCAACAAGCAAAAACUGGACUUUUGGUCCACAAGACAUAGAUGAGCUGAUCUUCAUGUUGAGUGACUGCCCUGGAGUGAUGUGCAGGCCCUCCAGGGUCAGACAAAUGUUUGCUUCUCGAGCUUGCAGGAAGUCUGUGAUGAUUGGAACUGCACUGAAUGUGCAGGAAAUGAGAAAACUGAUCACCCAUAUGGGUGAGAUUGAACAUCCCUGGAACUGCCCCCAUGGAAGGCCUACUAUGAGACAUAUAGUCAGUUUAGACUUGAUUUCACCAGAAUAAGUCAGUGUCUGUUUAUUAACAUUUUAAUUCUUGGCAAUAUUUUGAGGUUUUACUGCGACUCCCCUGUUUUGAGUAAAAAAAUUUUAGUCUUCAAAGUUGGAAAUAAUAGCACUUGAAGGCAUUCAGUAGGGUUUCCUUGUUAUUGCUGUUGAGUCAUCAAUACCAACAUCCUGGAAUUCAUGUAAAUAACUUCUCUCAUAUUGUAAUUUACUGUGUGUUGUACUUCUUUGAGCAGCAAUCAAAACUUUUAUAAAAUAAAUAAGUUUAUAUAUAAA